AUGCCAGCACCAGAACAUCCCGCACAACAAGAUCCCGAAAAACAAAGUAUGGUAUCACAAGCCAAUGGAUCUACAGAUAUUUCCACUUCCUCUUCAGAAGUCUCCUCAUUAUCAAAUACCAGUCAUCCAAGGACUGCGACGGCAGCAUCAAGUCAAACGGUACAGCCUUCAGAGGUUUCGUCAGGAGGUGUUGAUGGUCCCGCUGUUGCCGGUCCCGCUGUUGCCGGUCCCGCUGUUGCCGGUGCCGCUGUAGGCUGCCUCGUUGCUGGCCUUCUGAUCGGCUUUGUUGCUGCAUUCUUCCUACUGCGUCGAAAGUAUCAUAGGACCGCGAAGAACAGUUCGUUUAGGCCUGAAAUGCAGCACAUAGCCGUCAAUGCAGAUUCCAAGGCUUUUGGAUCUUCACCAACGGCCACCCAUAACAAUGAAAUUCAACUGGACCAAUUCCUUCUCGACCUUACCCCUGACAAAGAGAUUGCUAGUGAGCUUCACGCUUUGAGCGAGCUUGUUUGUCAGCAUGUUGAUAACCACUAUCACCGGAUGCCUGUGCAGGCCAAUUCUCAAUCUCUCGUGGGAAGCCUUCUGAAUAUCGGCAUUGGAGACAAUCCAAAGCAGAUAAGUGCGGACCAAGUCGCUGCACUCUGUGUUGAUCCGCAGACUAGGCAAAUCGGUCUCAAAUAUGUCAUAUCCCAUGCAGUGUUUGUCACCGUCGACUUCAACGCCCGGAGCCGCUUCUCACUGCUCCCACCACCAGUGGCCUUUUUUCUCCAGUCUAUGCCACCGGUGGAAACGCGCGGAGGCGAUAACGAGGUAACUGCGUUCGCGCUGUCGAAAUGGCGCACUUUAUCUGCCUUCCUCCUUCAUCCAAGCCGCAGUCAGCGCAUUCAUCUUUCGCCGGUCGAGUCAGAGAUUGCUCCCAGGGCACACAGCCUUGCCACCGCGCUUAACGCAUACCUUCACCACUUCGUUCCCGCUGAUCAAGGGAGCCAGAGCCAGCAGCUGGAACACCUGAAAGCUGUAAUUAUGGAAUGUGCAAGGUUUGGCUAUGAACUUUUGUCCCAGCCUCGUGAAUGGCAUUUCAUCUACCAGGCUGAGGAUGCAGGUACAUCAGGACAGCGAGCCGUUGUCGUGUGCCCAGGCUUGGAAAAGAUGGGCAAUAGUGAUAGAAUUGGUUCCGAUGGUCUUACCCAUGUAGUAGCGCCUCUUGUCGCUCAGGUUUCUGACCGACGCAGACAAAAUCGGUAG